GCUGGCUCCUCUAACCACCAGAGCGUGUACAGUAACUUCCGACGUUGGCAGCGCCUCAAGCCCCUGGCCAGGAGACAUCUUCCCCAGAGUCCUGAUGCAGAAGCUCUUUCCUGCUUUCUCAUCACAGUGCUCCGAUCCCUGGCCCGCCUGAAGCCCACCAUGACGCUGGAGGAGGGACUGUGGAGGGCCGUGCAGGAAUGGCAGCGCAAAAGCCACUUUGACCGGAUGAUCUACUACGAGAUGGCUGCAAAGUUCAUGGAAUUUGAGGCCGAGGAGGAGCUGCACAUGCAUAAGUUGCAGUGGAUGCAGUGCGCGCAGGACCUGCCUCCUCCAGUCCCACCGAAGCUGGAUCCUCGGGGGUCCCCAGCCCCGAACGUGGGCCUUCAACCAGGCACCCAGGUUCCCACUGGAGUUGAAGACACAGCCUGUGCUCCCAGGGUGGCCGGCCCCAGGGCCCAGCCCUUGCAUCCGAAACCACACAGAUCCCAGCGACCCCCGGAGCCCAAAGCACCUGAGGAGAUUCCCCCUGAGGCUGUGAGGGAGUAUAUGGACAUCAUGGAUGCGCUGGUGGGGCCCGUCCACUCAGCCACAGGCGAGUCAGAUGCCGAAUGGGGAGAGGACAGAAAUGAGCUGAAGCAGGAAGAGGACAGCAUCUACUCAGACCCGGGCCUCUUGAGCUACAUUGACAAGCUGUGUUCCCAGGAGGACUUUGUCACCAAGGUGGAGGCAGUCAUUCACCCUCGAUUCCUGGCAGAAUUGCUUUCCCCAGACCCACAGCUGGAUCUCUCGGCCCUAGUUGAGGAGCUGGAGCAGGAGGAAGGGCUCACCCCCGAAGAACUGGUGCAGAAACGACUCCUGGCCUUGAAAGAGGACGAGGGUGUGCGGGCAGCCCCGAGUCACAGUGCACCCGGAAUGGGCUCAAGUCCUUCUGAGUCCGACGGCGGCCAAGGUGCCCAGAGGCACGACCAAGACCCCCAUCUAGGAAGAAGAGGCCUCAGCCCUGCUCCACCAGCCGCUCCCAAGUCGAGGAAGCGGGCUGUGUGUGGACGCCCAGCCGCUGCUGAGAAGCUGCCCAUCCCCGGGGCCGGCCUCGGGGUCUCUGGGAGGCCGGCCUUGGCUCCGGGGCUGCCUCGCCCCUCAGAACGGAGAAAGAGAAAGCGUGACCCGUUUGUCACACAGAAGCGUAGGAGGAGGAAGAUGAAGCGCUGCAGCCAGUAG